AUGGAUAUAAAUCUAGGACUUUUCUGUGAUUUAAAUCUAUGUUAUAUUUUCUAUUUUGGCCAAAAAUCCGACACUCGACACAGGUGGAGAAGAAUGGCGAGCUCAACCUCCGGUGGAAGAAGCAGCAGCAGCAGCAGCAGAGAGAACACGGCGAAAAACAUGGUCUCCGAUCAGAUUUCUCAGGCCGUACUAUCCACUUCCAACCUCCUCCACCUCAUGCAGCAGUCCUCGCCUUCCCAGGCCCAACUGAUAAAGCUUCCAAAGAACCUUUUGCUCAAAUCAUCUACAAUCAAGAAUACUGGACAUUUAUUGGAGCAGAUGCCUCGAGUCAUUUCAUCUCUGGAUGCACAUAUGGAAACUGGGUUGCAAAGUCUGCCUCAUCUGCAAACUGUAAUCCAACUACUUGCAAAUAUGGAAAGCUGCCAACUCAGUUCUCUCUCACAAGCUCAUGUCCUUCAAGAGGAACAUGAGGGAGAAAACCAACCUUCAAAUGUGGAGUAACAAUAUGCACUGCGCAGCACUUAUUGAAGAUUGUAUUGACAAGCUAACAUAAUGCUGGUCAAAUGACACCUUCGGAGUUCUUGUUCAGGAUAAUCAGAGUAAAUUAUAUGUGAUCCCAAUGUACAUAAACACAUUAUAAGAUAAUGUCAGUAGAUUGAAUAAAUGAAGUUAUUCUUUCUGUUUUUUACAAUAAUGGAAAGAAACUGUGUUGCUUGACCAA